CGGCCACCCUCUCUCUCAGUCUGUCCCUCCUUCAUGCGUUAGUCAGCCCGUGGAUGUCUGCUUCGCUCCCCAUAGUCCUAAAAGCAGCCUAGUCUUGUCAGUGCGUGGAAAACCGUGGGAACGCUCUCUAACACGGACCUUCUUUCUCAGGUUUAGGAACCGCCGGUGUGCGCCCUUUUUUCUUUAGGGCUCUGCGGUUCCGCUCAGGGCGCAGCGGACUGUCCGCCAAGAGUUUUAUUGGGCUUUGACCCUCCAUCCAUGGGAGGAUUUGUCUCUCUUGUCCCAGCGCAGGACAAAGGACGCGGGGAAAUCAAGGAAUAAAAGAGGACAGCAGAGUGAGACAGACAUGGAUCCCAGAUUUCUCUCUCUCGCCUUUGGUCUUUUCCUCAUCGGUGGAGGCGCGGCACGUGUGGUGACUGUGUCUCCAGGUCCGUUAACCAGAGUUGAAGGUCAGCCGGUUUCUAUAAGGUGUGACGUCAGGGACUAUGGAGGACCUAGUGAGCAGGAUUUCGAGUGGGAGGUGUCCAGGGAGGCAGGCGGUGCAACGGUUAAGAUGAUCUCCACUUUUGAUUCAGCUUUCUCGGAUGCUUCCUUCAGCAAGCGCAUCGCUUCCGGCGACAUCUCUGUACAGCGGCUCGAGGACAAUGUGGCGGAGCUGAAGAUCGGCGAGGUGAAGGCGCGAGACGCCGGUGUCUAUAUUUGUCGAACGCCGAGCACCGACUCUAUCAUCAGCGGCAACUAUGAAGCUCAGGUCCAGCUUAGGGUGAUCCCCAACACCCUCAAGGUGUACCCCGAGACUCUACCCUCCAGUGUCCCGGAGGGAAGCGAACUCACACUUUCCUGCAACGUCAGCCGGGAGCUUACCUACCCAACCUACCUUUCCGUCUCGUGGUUGAUGAAAAAGGGCGCCACUUCGGAGGAAAUCCUCACAUUUGGACCUCAGGGAGAUGUCACCACAGGUUCAAAGUACUCCAGCCGUUACUUGGACGGCGGAGUACGGUUGGUCAAUGGCAGGAAUGGCGUGUUCAGUUUGGUGAUUUCCAGAGUCACCGUGUCUGACCAAGGGACUUACGAAUGCAACGGGACCGAAUGGACACAUGAAAGCGGAGGGAAGUGGACGAGGAUUGUGGCAAGCGUGAAGGAGAUGGGGACAGUUACUGUUACUCCUACAAGCCAUUCUCUCACUGUGAGAGCUUCUUCCACCUCUACAUCUUCACCGUCCCUGCUAUUGUCACCCGGCAACACCCUUUCCCUUUUCUGCAACAUUUUUGCUGACAACCUGGCUGCAAUUUCCCUGGAGGUGACCUGGCUGGCCGAUAACAGUACAAUCAUCAGUAUGGAUCACAGCGGGUUGGUGAUCUCCAACACUUCCUCGAAUGGAGCACGAGCAGGGAGAGGGGAGGCGAGUCUGGAGAGGAUCGGAAAGGGGGAGUACAGGCUGGGGGUGAGGGGUGUGACCGGCAAGGAUGGAGGGAAUUACAUCUGCCGGGUCCGAGCUUUUAUUGAGGAAGAAGGACCCAGCACCGGAGGAGGACGGAAGUGGCGCAAGGUAGCGGAAAAGAUCUCCAAUCCUGUGACGGUGAAGGUCUCAGAGAUCAAGCCAAACUUCACGCUGACCCUGGAAGCCUCCGUGAAGCCCCAGAAGACGGGCGAACCCAUAGAGCUGUCCUGUGAUGUUACCAACAUCUCCAAGUUACCGCCAGGCGGCAGACUGGGUGUCAGCUGGGAGCACACCAGUCUUCCUGAUAAGGGGGCUAAUACUCCACCCCCAAAGCUCAUUGGCUCCUUGGACGGAUACGGCAACCUGUUGUCCGAUUCGACGUACAAAAACAGGCUUGAUAGCGGCGCGUUAGGCCUGAGCAGAGUCCCACCCGACACGUUCAAACUGCGCUUCCUCCGCACACAGAAAAUCGACAUGGGUCAGUAUGUGUGCAUCGUUACUGCUUGGAGUGUUAGCAGCCAGGGGGACGUAGUGAAUGUCACCAAGGUCAAAAGCUCACCGCUGACCCUACGCUGGGACACUAAGAGUCCGACUUUGAACAUCGUCGCCAAACCCAUUCGUAAAGCUUCAGUGGGCGGGGCUACCUUUGAGAUGAACUGCACCGUUUAUCCUCAGAACCUCGGUGACUGGAUCGGUUAUGCCGUCUACAUCAAAUCACAGGAAGGCUUGGAAUCCAGCGUGAAAACCAUCAUGUCUCUCAGCCCUGAUAACGUGGUGCAGCACAGCAACCCGAACAGGAGAGACAGUUUGGUUCUGUCUAAAACUGGCGCGACAGAGUUCCAGUUCCGCCUCGCUGGCGUCCAGCUGUCCGACAGGGGUUACUACUGGUGCGACGUCACCGCCUUCACCAAACAGCAUCCUGAGCAGUCCUGGACGACCGCUGCCAAGUCAGAGUCGAACAAAAUUGAAAUCGACUUUCAAGAAAACGGCCCGUCAUUCUCCAUCGCCAUCCACUCCGACGCCACCAGUGUGUAUCCGUGGGAAACGGCCAAGAUGGAGUGCUCCAUCAGCGUCUCUGGAUCCUCAACAAGAACCGGCGCAGCACUCGGUCAGAAAGAGGAGCUGGAGUAUGAGGUGAGGUGGUUCUUCACCCGCUUCCGAGGCGACCAGGUCAUGAGUGAGGUGGCCAGCGUUGGCCGUAACGGCGUCAUGAAGAAAACCAGCCGCAACUCAUCCAGCGAUGUUUCAAUAGAGCGCAAAAACAGUAACACCUACCAGCUGAACAUUUAUGGCACUCAAGAUACUGACGGCGGAGAGUAUCAAUGCAUGGUCACGCCAUGGUACAAUUCAGCCUCAUCAGGACUUUGGACUCAAGCUGGAGAGCUGACUUCUGGGAAGGUCUUCCUCUCCGUCAGGAUUGCAGUUGCAGAAUCCUUAAAGUUACCUCUCCUAUACGGUGCUGCGGCCUCCCUAGGUGUGGGGAUCUUCUCUCUGCUCUUGGGUCUGAUUUGCGCCCAAUGCUGCUGUCGCAACACAGCACACACUCCCCGCUCACGCAACAAACUGUUGGACCUGGAGAUGGACUGACAAACACUUUCCCCUGCAGCCACACACUGCAGCACCCACAAAAAGCACCACACCCAGAACAAACACACGCCCGUCGACGAGUUGUGGGACACCCACUUGUUUCCCGACGAUCGGUGUUGGGAGUGAAUCCGUCUUUUGGAAGCAACCGAUCACAGUGCUUUUAAAAAAAAGGUGCUCUGGGACUUUUCUGCACUGCAGUGGAGGCGCAGGGGAGGAAUAGCCUUUCAGACUUCUGUUUGCUUUUUUUUUUUUAAAUGCAUUUGUUUUCCCAAUAGAAUUUCUAUCCGUAUAAGACACUCUAAGGAAAACGAAGCUUCUGAGAUGUCACUGCCCGCUGGGACAAAAGGACCUCGACGCAGAUCAGCUGCGUCUCUGUAACCACUAGGAAUAACAAAUGAAGUGCUCAGGCUGGAAACAUUUUCUUUUUUUGAUUACUCACUUUUUUCAGAUGCCAAGGCUCAUUGCAAACCAAACACUUUUUUUUUUAAUCUGAUGGAAAUAGGUUCUUCAGUGCAUCGGCGGACACCAAAAAUGUCCCACGAUGGAUAUUUUCUUCAGGAUUAAUUGAACUUGGAAUUAUCCUUUACUUUUAUUUCAAAGCCUGAGCCUUCCUUCUGCCAUAAAGGAGUCUGUGGAGUUAAGAUAUAAAAAAUUAAGUGCUUCAUCUGAGACAUUGCACCAUCAUCCUAGAGUGUUUCUAUUUUAACAAAAGGAAAAUAACUAACUCUAUUGUCAAGACUUUUUCUUUUCUUUUCUUUUUUUUUUGAAAAUUAUGAGAUUUUAAAGUGAAAUUAAAGAGACAUUUUUAAGCUUUACAAAAAGAUAUGCAGUUGGUGUGUUUGUGUGUGCGAUAUACUGUACACGGUGCCAAUAUUUGUGGAGUGUGCUUAGUUCAGACUAUCGGACCGACACUUGAACAGUCGCCAAAACUGGCGGCAGAAAGCUCUCCUCUUUUAUAAGUAUUCUGAAAUGUAUCCAGAUGUUAUUUUUCCCGGAGUCUUGUUUGUGUUUUGUACAGUGUGUGAGUGCCGUGUGACUAAGGGUUGCAUGUAACAGUAUGAUGGUUUUUUUUCAUAAGCAACAUAAAUCUCCUUUCACAUUAAAAGCCUGAUACCUUCCAAUUUUACAAACUGGCUGCUAUAUUGCUAGCUAGCUUGAGCAUAAAUGGAUGCUAGAUCUGGAUGACACAAGAAUAUCAGCUAGUUUUUUUUUAUUACAUUUAAUAAUUUUGCAUGUUUAUCAGCCUCAAAUGUUUGUUUUUAACAGAUUUCUACAUGUGAUUAGCCUGGAGUAUCUUAGUACAGACUCAAGAAGCAGGGAACAUGGUAACUUUGCUAAGUACAGAUCUUAGUGUAUGAACUACCCAGUUUUAUUAUGUGACUAUUAAAUUGUUUUUGUUUUUUAAAUGAA